ACAGCCGCGCGCCGGAAGUAGCCUAGAUCUCGGCGCGGAGGCUCGGCGGCUCUAGACCGCGGGGCCGGUGCAACUAUGCCGGUCACCGGGAAGACUUUCCGCCGGCGCCGCGCCGACUCGGAGUCGGAGGAAGAUGAGCAGGACUCAGAGGAGGUUCGAUUAAAACUGGAAGAGACCCGAGAGGUGCAGAACUUGAGGAAGAGGCCCAACGGGGUGAGUGCUGUUGCCCUGCUGGUGGGAGAGAAAGUACAAGAAGAGACCACUCUAGUGGAUGAUCCCUUUCAGAUGAAGACAGGUGGGAUGGUGGACAUGAAGAAACUAAAGGAAAGGGGCAAAGAUAAGAUCAGCGAAGAGGAAGACCUCCAUCUGGGGACAUCAUUUUCCGCAGAAACCAACCGAAGGGACGAGGAUGCCGACAUGAUGAAGUACAUUGAGACAGAGCUGAAGAAGCGGAAAGGGAUCGUGGAACACGAGGAACAGAAAGUCAAGCCAAAGAAUGCAGAGGAUUGCCUUUAUGAGCUGCCGGAAAACAUCCGGGUUUCCUCAGCAAAGAAGACGGAGGAGAUGCUCUCCAACCAGAUGCUGAGCGGCAUCCCCGAGGUGGACCUCGGCAUCGAUGCAAAAAUAAAAAACAUCAUUUCCACGGAGGACGCCAAGGCCCGUCUGCUGGCUGAGCAGCAGAACAAGAAGAAAGACAGCGAGACCUCGUUCGUGCCCACCAACAUGGCGGUGAACUACGUGCAGCACAACCGCUUUUACCAUGAGGAGCUCAACGCUCCCAUACGGAGAAACAAAGAGGAGCCCAAAGCCCGACCCUUGCGCGUGGGGGACACAGAGAAGCCGGAGCCUGAGCGGUCCCCUCCCAACCGCAAGCGUCCUGCUAAUGAGAAGGCCACGGAUGAUUAUCAUUACGAGAAGUUCAAGAAGAUGAACAGGCGGUACUGAGGGAGGCUAAAUGGGGAGAGUUGCAGCGUGGGAUAUAAAUACUGUUGUCCACUCCCUUUAUCCCCAUGAUAAAAGAUUUCCUGGACAGAAGCCUGCUCAUUGGCUAGCAGAUGGCUCCCAAAACAGACUCUGUCAGUCCUGCUGCUUACCUGUGGGAUUUUCAGGCAUUGAAUUUGUAACCUUUUGAAACAAUGUGUAGUUUUCCUAUUUGGGGGCAAACUAGUCUUGUGAGCAUUAUUAAAUCUUGUUUGUAAAUAUGUUGACUUUCUCUUAGUACUUGCCCUGGGUCAGGAGGAAACAGCUCUGUGUUUCAGCGUGAGAUAAUAUCCUUUCGAUUGGGCUUUUAUUAUAAUAUAUGCAGUCAUUGUCUCUUGCUUUCAAAUAUCUAGAGUGAGAUUCAGAAAUGCUUCCUUCACUGUUUACAGUGGAUCCAGCUGAAAGUAGAAAAAUCUAGACGAUCAAAGGAACACUAGUAUUUUCUGACUUUUACAGUUAUGUUUCUUUUCAUUAAAGAAAGAAAAAGUAAUUUCUAUCAUUUUAAGCAUUUAAAUAUUAAACAUGAAAUGGACCCAGCCUUUUUUGUUUUGCUUCUCCUUGCACCAGCAGUGACUCAGAUCGUGUGUUCAUCGCCUGGGGCUUGGGUAACUCAAAAGCAAACUUCAGUCAUUGAGAGGGGUUUUUCUCAUUUGGGAUAGGCACCAAACUUUGAGCUAUCAGGUUGGUGCCACUUGUGCUGUUGCUUUUCGUGAGGUAGGUACACAGGUUGUGAUGAGGAAAGAACAGGUUGGUUGACUCCUGGGCUGAUUUAAAUCAGGUAUCUUGUGACAUUUGGCUUUGGAGUCGGAUCUGAGUCCUGCUCACAGCUUCUUUAUUAAAUCCAUGGACACAUCCGUUUGCCUUGCAGCCUGUUUUCUCGUCUGUAAGAGAUUUUCUUUUCUUCCCCUUCACUCAAAUGCAAGGUCAGUGAAGCCAGGAUUCACCUGCACCUCAUUUUUUUUUUUCUUCAAUCCCCAGGAUCUAGUCCAUAGGAGAUCCUCAAAAUUAUGAAUGAAUGAAUGAGAGGAAGUAACUGUUACCUGGGAGAGACCUGACCAACACUACCUUAACCAGGUGAGGAAGGUCAAUGUCAACAGUCAUAAAUCAUGUUGAUUUUAUGUACCUAUGAUAUGUUAUAAAAAUAGCAUCUCUGUAAAGUAUAUUCCUCCCCCAAACCCAUAACUCCAAUCAAAGAAGAGCAUCAAAUUCCAAUAAUUGAGAAUCCUAUGAAUCCUAUAAAAGACUAGGACUUCCUACGUGGCUCAGUGGUAAAGAAUCCCCCUGUCAAAACAGGAGACACGGGUUGGAUCCCUGGCUGUGGGGCAUGCCCUGGAGACGGAAAUGGCAACCCACUCUAGUGUUCUUGCCUGGGAAAUCCCGUGGACGGAGGAGCCUGGCUUGGGCUAUAUAGCCCAUGGGGUCGCAAAAAAAGAGCGACUGAACGACUAAACAACAAGGAAAUAAAAAACUUUAGUUACGAUAUAUCAACAUGGGCUCAUUCAUUUUAACAAAUGCAACAUAACUGACGACAGCAACAACAAAACCUACUAGUGUAAGAUGUGAACAACAGCGGAAACUGCGUGCGAGGGUGUGGUAAUAUGGAACCUCUCUGUUCAGUCCCCUCAACCUUUCUAUAAACGUAAGUCAGUGAAGUCGCUCAGUCGUGUCCUACUCUGCGACCCCGUGGACAGUAGCCCACCAGGCUCCUCCAUCCAUGGGGUUCUCCAG